CAAAAAAAGCCCCGUGAAUUUCUUCACUGGUUUAUAUUCGACGCCAAUAUCCAAUUCCCUCUCCCUCCUCUCUCUCUCUCUCUAUCCUCUCUCCCCCCCGAAGAAUCUCAAUGGCCAUCUCUAGGGUUUUGACCUCUCAAUGGCUAGGUUUUACCUCCUCUUGCUCCAUUUCCUCUUCUCCUCUCCUCCUCCCUCAUCAAUGGCGACGCCUCUACUCCUCAGGGUCGAGGAUCAGCAUGAGCCUCAAGGCCGGCAUCGUCGGCCUCCCCAACGUCGGCAAGUCCACCCUCUUCAAUGCCGUUGUUGAGAAUGGAAAGGCUCAGGCUGCGAACUUUCCCUUCUGCACGAUUGAGCCGAAUGUGGGGAUUGUGACGGUUCCGGAUCCGAGGUUGAGUGUGCUUUCUGGUCUUAGUAAAUCUCAGAAGUCUGUGCCGGCGUCUAUAGAGUUUGUGGACAUCGCUGGUUUAGUGAAAGGAGCCAGUCAAGGAGAGGGAUUGGGGAAUAAAUUUCUUUCGCACAUUCGCGAAGUGGAUUCCAUACUUCAGGUUGUACGCUGCUUUGAGGAUAAUGAUAUUGUUCAUGUGAAUGGAAAAGUUAACCCGAAAUCAGAUAUUGAUGUCAUUAAUUUGGAGCUGGUUUUCUCAGAUCUUGACCAGAUAGAGAAAAGGCUAGAGAAACUUAAGAAAAGCAAAUCCAAGGAUUCACAAACUAAAGUGAAGGAGGAAGCAGAAAGAUCUGCUUUAGAAAGUAUUCAGAAGGCACUUAUGGAUGGAAAACCUGCAAGAUCUGUUUCAUUAACAGAUUUGGAGAAAGAUUCUAUACGUCAGCUGUGCCUGCUCACAAUGAAACCUGUAAUAUAUGUAGCUAACGUGGCUGAGUCUGAACUUGCUGACCCUAGUGAUAAUCCACAUGUCAAAGAAGUGAUCAAUCUUGCAUCUGAAUUGCAAUCUGGGAUGGUUACAGUUUCAGCACAGGUUGAAGCUGAGCUCACCGAACUUCCACCUGAGGAAAGAACUGAAUUCUUAAAGUCCCUUGGUGUAGAUGAAAGUGGACUAGGGAAUCUAAUAAGGGCGACAUAUAGUCUUUUAGGGUUGCGAACUUAUUUUACAUCAGGAGAGAAGGAAACAAAGGCAUGGACUAUACAUGCAGGCAUGACAGCACCUCAAGCUGCUGGAGUUAUACAUUCUGACUUUGAGAAGGGCUUCAUUCGAGCAGAGACUGUAGCCUACAAUGAUUUUGUUGCAGCUGGUUCUCUGGCAGCUGCAAGGGAGAAAGGACUUUUGAGAUCAGAGGGGAAGGAUUAUAUAGUACAGGAGGGGAUUAUACCGACAUGUAACAAGGAUUACAUAUACAAUAUGUUUCAUUACAUUGAAUUGGUGCUGUUGUUCUGUGUAAAACCAGGAAAAACCGAGAAGCAGAAGUUUUGUGGCAAUGACUAA